GCACAGAAACCAUAAACUAUUAAUCCGGUGUACACUUUCCCUUGGCGCCCAACGACCAACUUGCCCUCUGAUUGGCCUGGCUGGUGGGCUGUCUUCUGCCAUCUUUGUUACUGGCACUAAGGAUACUCCCGGCAGCCCUCACCGUCAGGGCGGAGGCCCCGCCCCACUCGGGCUUUUCGGAGCGCGCUGGGUGGGUUUUGCGCUUGGACACGUGCGUGCGGGUCUAACGAAAGCGCUCAGAGUUUGCGGUGGGGCUCCUGAGGGGGGGGUGGGGAGCAACAGUCACGUGAUCUUAGGGACUGUCUCCUAAUUCCGCGCCAGCACUGCCAGUGUUUCAGGGGCUGAGGAUCUCUUUGAGCCUGGAGCCCAGCUUCCUGAGAGGUGUCGUCACUAACUGGGCUGCGGACGACCGGUACACGACCCUACAGAGACAGCGACACCCAGGCUGAAAAUGGCGAUCUCAAUAGGGAGUCAGUGGUCUCCAUAUUUUCCAAUUUUAUUUAAUGAAUAAAAGUUAAUUCUUUAAUGAGCGCGUACUGGGUUGGCAUACAACUCUGUGUUUACCGCCUUGGGUUAUGCAAAUGUUCAAGGAAGUAAUACAUGCGAAAGAGCCUGGUACAAGUGAGAGCACUCGUCAGUCCUGGGAAGAGGAUCGUGCCAACCUCUCAACCACCGAAAAAACGUGAAGGAAAUUAAUCUGUCAAACUCAAGCCUGUGAGAGGGGCUUCGGUGCGCGGGGGAAUUUACAGACGCUCCCUGCUGGUGGGGGACAGCACUACUUGACCUUCAGUCUGGGACCUUCAAUCGGUCCUGCGGCGUUGGACAGGAACUCCAGGUGGAAGCUGAGGCAGCAGCGGCGGCAAGACCAGCUGCAGCAGCCUGGGCCGCAGCAGAAGCGCCAUGACCGAGUCACCCCCGCGGGGAGAGGAGCGCGACCUUUUCCGGGACACGUGGGUGCGAUACCUAGGCUACGCCAAUGAGGUUGGGGAAGCCUUCCGCUCCAUGGUGCCAACAGCUGUGGUGUGGCUGAGCUAUGGUGUGUCCAGCUCCUAUGUGCUGGCUGAUGCCAUUGACAAGGGAAAGAAGGCAGGAGAUGUGCCAAACCCUGAAGCAAGCCGCAGCACCAGGAUGACCGUGGCUGUGGUGGACACCUUCGUGUGGCAGGCUCUGGCCUCUGUGGCCAUCCCAGGUUUCACCAUCAACCGGGUGUGUGCAGCCUCUCUCUAUGUCCUGGGCACUGCCACCCGUUGGCCUCUGGGUGUCCGCAAGUGGACGACCACUGCACUGGGACUGCUGGUCAUCCCCAUCAUCAUCCACCCCAUUGACAGGUCAGUGGACUUCCUCCUGGACUCCAGCCUUCGCAAGCUCUACCCCUCAGUGGAGAAGCCCAGCUCCUCCUGACCCCACCCUGGUACCUGGCCUGGGGGUUGGCCCACUCCUUGCUUUGUUCUACCCUCCUCCUCCUGCCAGGGAAUGCGAUGCUUGGCUC